CGGGCUGUGUGCUCGUACUGACCUUCAGCCAGUCUGCUCCAGCGCCAUGGCGCCUUCCAGGAAGUUCUUCGUUGGGGGCAACUGGAAGAUGAAUGGAAGGAAGAAGUGCCUGGGAGAACUCAUUUGCACCCUAAAUGCGGCUAAGGUGCCGGCAGACACCGAGGUGGUUUGUGCACCCCCCACCGCCUACAUCGACUUCGCCAGGCAGAAGCUAGAUCCCAAGAUUGCUGUGGCUGCGCAGAACUGCUACAAAGUGACCAAUGGGGCCUUCACUGGGGAGAUCAGCCCUGGCAUGAUCAAAGACUUAGGAGCCGCAUGGGUAGUGCUGGGGCACUCGGAGAGAAGGCACGUCUUUGGGGAGUCCGAUGAGCUGAUUGGGCAGAAAGUAGCCCAUGCCCUAUCCGAGGGGCUCGGAGUGAUUGCCUGCAUUGGGGAGAAGUUAGAUGAAAGGGAAGCCGGCAUCACCGAGAAGGUUGUUUUCGAGCAAACCAAGGUCAUCGCAGAUAAUGUGAAGGACUGGAGCAAACUGGUCCUGGCCUAUGAACCUGUAUGGGCCAUUGGUACUGGCAAGACUGCAACCCCUCAACAGGCCCAGGAAGUGCAUGAGAAGCUUCGGGGUUGGCUGAAAUGCAAUGUCUCUGAUGCGGUGGCUCAGAGCACCCGAAUCAUUUAUGGAGGUUCAGUGACUGGAGCAACAUGCAAAGAGCUGGCAAGCCAGCCUGAUGUGGACGGCUUCCUCGUGGGCGGGGCUUCCCUCAAGCCUGAAUUUGUGGACAUCAUCAAUGCCAAACAAUAAGCACCAUCCAUGUCCCCUGCCCUCUGCCAGGCCAGGACUAGGUUGCCCAGAAGCUUAGGAACAGCUCCUACCAGUCACAUGCUCCUGAUGUCAUCUGCCCCAUCUUGUGUCCUAAUCCACGCUGGUACCUUCCUGAACCUUUUCCACCUCCCUGUAAUGGUUGGGACCAGGCCAAUCCCUUUACCACCUAAGAAUGAAAUACAUCACCUGUUUCACCAAGGCUCGGGGAGGAGGGCGGAACGAGUGGAACUGAUUCUGUCCCUUCAGGUGAGGCAGGAAAGUGAAAUCACCUUUCCUUCCCUUCUCAGUGUAUACUGAAGUCGAGAUCCUCUGGCCCUAAGAGGCCGGGCAUGUUCCCCUCUCCCACAGUGCCCAAGCCCUAGUAUCAUGUUUGUGAACCAUCUUACAUGUAAGGGAAAUAAACACCUGGCCCUAA